AACACUUUUGGUGCUUAUUUAAUUGAGUCAUUCUGCUCUCUUCUCUUUACAAGGCAGUUUAGAUCAGCAGACACAGGAAUCACUUUGUUUGUGACCCAUUUGUAUUGCACUGAAUCUUGCAUGCUGGUUUCUCUGAAAUAUUCCUGCAUGAACUCUUUUUACUAGCUCAUGGCUGUCUGAACCUGUCACAGAGUCUUGUACUGUAUUGCUCCAGUUGAAGUUAUGGAGGGUUUCCGAUAAUCUGGACCUUGAUUUCACCGAAAUGGCUAGGCGUUGACGGCUUACAAUGAUCAAGUCGUUCCUUUAGAAGGCGUUAAGUAGAGAAAAUAUUGUGUUGGUUGGUGGAGCUUUUUUUCUUUUUCCUGACAGAGAACUAUGGAGGAGACAUUUGUUCCCUUAGAGGGAAUCAAGAAUGAUCUUAGAGGAAGGUUGAUGUGUUAUCGGCAAGACUGGAGUGGCGGCUUCCGAGCAGGAAUCAGGAUUUUGGCUCCAACGACUUACAUAUUCUUUGCUUCGGCGAUUCCGGUCAUUUCAUUUGGGGAACAACUGGAGAGAAGCACUGAGGGAGUUUUGACGGCAGUUCAGACCUUAGCGUCCACCGCAAUAUGCGGCAUCAUCCACUCGAUCAUCGGCGGCCAACCUUUGCUGAUCCUGGGAGUUGCAGAGCCUACUGUUAUCAUGUACACAUUCAUGUUCAACUUUGCCAAGGAAAGAUCGGAUCUGGGUCGGAACCUGUUCCUCGCGUGGGCAGCUUGGGUCUGUGUUUGGACAGCUGCUUUGCUGUUUCUGAUGGCCAUACUCGGAGCUUGCUCCAUCAUCAACCGAUUUACUCGUGUGGCCGGAGAGCUGUUUGGUCUGCUCAUAGCAAUGCUCUUUAUGCAGCAAGCUAUUAAAGGGCUAGUGGAAGAGUUCCGCAUACCGAAACAGGAAAACCCGAAGUUGGCUGAGUUCUUACCAUCAUGGAGAUUCGCCAAUGGAAUGUUCGCGUUAGUUCUCUCAUUUGGACUCCUCCUCACUGCAUUGAAAAGCCGGAAAGCCCGUUCGUGGCGGUACGGAACAGGAUGGCUUCGAAGCUUCAUUGCAGACUAUGGAGUGCCACUCAUGGUCCUAGUUUGGACCGCUGUUUCCUACAUACCGGCAAAGAGUGUCCCCGAUGGAAUCCCACGGCGUCUUGUUAGCCCAAACCCAUGGUCCCCUGGUGCAUCUGAGAACUGGACUGUUGUUAAGGACAUGUUGAACGUUCCCUUUUUCUACAUAAUUGGAGCUUUUAUUCCAGCAACGAUGAUUGCUGUGCUCUAUUACUUUGAUCAUAGCGUAGCAUCUCAACUUGCUCAACAGAAAGAGUUCAAUCUGAGAAAGCCUGCUUCUUAUCACUACGACCUGCUUCUUUUGGGGUUCUUGACAUUGAUGUGUGGCCUUAUUGGAGUUCCUCCUGCAAAUGGAGUAAUACCGCAAUCCCCCAUGCAUACAAAGAGCCUUGCAACACUCAAACACCAGCUGCUUCGGAACCGGCUCGUUACUACAGCUAGAAGAAGCAUACAAAACAAUGCGAGCUUAGGGCAAUUGUAUGGGAAUAUGCAAGAAGCUUAUCGACAAAUGCAGACCCCGUUAGUCUACCAGGGAGCCUCUUCUCGAGGACUUAAUGAACUGAAGGAGACAACAAUACAAGCCGCUUCAAGCAUGGGCAAUCUCAAUGCCCCGGUUGACGAAACGGUGUUUGAUGUUGACAAGGAGAUUGAUGAUCUGUUACCAGUCGAGGUCAAAGAACAACGCGUCAGUAACUUACUUCAGUCAAUGAUGGUGGGAGGGUGUGUCGCAGCCAUGCCUAUCCUCAAAAUGAUUCCGACUUCGGUGCUUUGGGGAUACUUUGCUUUUAUGGCAAUCGAAAGUCUACCGGGUAACCAGUUCUGGGAAAGGAUCUUGUUGCUCUUUACUGCACCAAGCAGAAGAUACAAGGUCCUUGAGGAGUACCACGCAACUUUUGUGGAGACAGUGCCUUUCAAGGCGAUUGUCACUUUCACGCUGUUUCAGACAAUAUAUCUGCUUAUUUGCUUUGGACUCACUUGGGUUCCGAUUGCUGGAGUUAUGUUUCCCUUGAUGAUCAUGCUUUUGGUGCCAGUAAGACAAUAUGCCUUGCCGAAGUUUUUCAAAGGAGUACAUCUUCAGGAUUUGGAUGCUGCGGAGUUUGAAGAAGCACCGGCUUUGCCAUUCAAUCUUGCAACAGAGACGGAGAUUGGUGCUGGAGCUUCUUAUGGUGGGGGUGGAGAGAUAUUAGACGAGGUUAUCACUCGAAGCCGUGGUGAGGUCCGGCAUCUGUCUAGUCCGAAAAUCACAAGCUCCACGACAACACCAGCACAUGAUUCGAAGAGCACCCUCCAGAGCCCUCGGCCCAGUUUCAGUCCUCGUGUGAGCGAGUUAAGAGGUGAGAGGAGUCCUUACGGUGGAAGAGGACCUUAUAGUCCAAGGACCGGAGAGAAGCAGCCCUCUCAUCUGGGGAAGAGUCCGAGUAAUCCGGCUUCUGGUUAGCUGAUGAAGGUUUCUAGUCGCUUAAAAUUAAUGUCUGAUGCAAGAACCUGUACUGUGUAAUUGUUCUGCUUGCACAGAGGCAUCAGUGUAAAAUAUUUCUCGCAAGUCACCACCUUUGUAACAAUAGAUUUCUAUGAUUUUAUCUAAAGAGUUUAGCCGUGAAUUUUGAACUCCCAUUUCCUACUGUCUGAAUGAAGUUUUGCUUUAUUAA